AUGGCGGUCUCUGAGCAGUGUGACAACUUUCAAGGGAACCAAACCCAACUUGGAAAGCCGUGUUCUUUACUUCCCAGAAAAAUAAAAGCCGUGUCAUUUGCAAAAGCCUGGCAUCUCGAGUACAGAAAACAUUGCAAGGUUCAUCUAACGAUAUUGGAUGGUUGCCGCGCUCCCGGCAUGCCUGGUGUGGAGGAUGGCCUCUAUGGCAAUCACGGCCCCAUAUACUUUGUUGGAACAAAGAAAUUCUUUUCGAAGAUAGGUCUAGCUCGUCAUAUUACAAAAAUUCACAGUGAGGCAUCUAUUGAGCACAAUGCAUGGGAACUCAAGCAAUACGUUGAGGAGCUUUACUGGGGAUCUGGUAAGAGUAUGAUGCUGCUGGGCAAAGCAAGGAAGCUCGCGCCUCUUGUUCCAUUACACAUGGAUUGA